AUGUUGUGGCGAAAGGUCCUUGCACUCGCGCCUUUGGCGGCCAUCGCCAGCGGUCAUCUCAACGCUCACGGUAUCCGUUACUCCAAGCGGGACUCAACACUGGAGGUAACCCUCACACCUGUGGUAUCCGACUCUGGCGCCGAGGUUUCCGCCACCAUCAAGAACGCCGGCAGCUUAGAUCUCAACCUGCUCAAGGUCGGCACCAUCUUGGACGACAAGCUUCCUGUCCAGCGUGUGUCCAUCGUUGACGAGUCAGGGAACGCAGUCUCUUUUAGGGGCAUUGAGCCGAGCAUUCAGUACGAUGCGCUGAAGGCAAUUCAUUUUGAGUCGCUUCCAGCUGGGGGUUCAGUGACGGUCUCCAUCGACGCAGCAAAGGUUCAUCAGUUUACGCAAUCUGGCACCUACUCUAUCACCGCUGAAGGCAUGAUACCGAUUGCUCUAGCGCCGGCUACAGACUUCUCGCAACCUGCCGUGGCUUUCAAGUCGAACACCAUCCAAGUUGACGUUGACGCAGACGCUGCCGCAAAGUCAUUGGUAACUGCGGCGCUCAAAGAGCGCACCAACUUACAGCCAGGAUGCAAUGCGACAACAUUGGACGCCAGCACCAAAGCCCUGGCCAACUGUCAGGCCCUCGCCCUCGCUGCCGCAGCGGAUGCAGCUAACCCGGCCUCUCAGCGGUUUGUCGAGUAUUUCGGCACCAACUCAUCAGAAACCCGCAACAUUGUCGUCACUCGGCUUCGUAACGUCGCGCAGGAGUGUAGCUCAACUACUUCAGGAGUGUCUCGGUACUUCUGUUACGAUUACUACGGCGUUUGCGAGCUCGACGGCCCUCUCAAUGCUUACACUGCCUGGGACGUCAACACAAUGGUUAUGUGCCCGCUCUUCUUUGGCCUGCCGCCACUCCCUGUAGGAUGCCACCGACAGUGUCAAGCUACGACUACGAUCCACGAAACCACGCACUGCGAGGCAGUUUAUGCUCCUCACACGGAUGACUACGCUUACGCUUACAACGCCAGCGUCGCAUUACUCCCGGAACGGGCUCUGCAGAAUGCUGAUAAUUAUUCCCUUUACGCUAAUGCCGUUUACAUGGGCUGCUAA